AUGGCUUCGAACAUGGUACCACAGGAAGAAUUGCCAGUCUUGGAAUCACUGAUUACCAUUCGUAAUCGCCUGACAGCAUUGAAAAAGGAUACAACAAGAUUCAUUCGUGCUCCAGAUGUGAUGCCAAUCUACAACUCAGUUGUCAAACAGGUGACUCGACUCAACACCAUCCGAGAUGAACAAUCCCAUAACCAAUCUUCCCUGUCCAACAACGCAGCUGCGUCUUCGUCAACUUCCAAACCUACUAUACAAGAGGCCAACAGGGUUGAUACAGUCUUGGCAGAUGUGUUUGGCUUGUUAAGUUUGUUCUUCUUGACCAUUGGUAAAAGUAGGGAAACUCCCGCUACCUAUUGUCAAAUUGCUUCGAUGAGGCAAAUCCUCUCUCACAUGAAUGAAUCAGGAGCAUAUACCGAGGAGAUCUUAGUACCCAUCAGAGAGAGAUUGGAAGCUUUGAAGAAUGUGAUUAAACAGGAUUCGGAGGAUGGGAAACAUCCCGAACCUAUCGUAAGGUUGAUGUUGAGGAAGUUGGAGGGAGUUGAACACCAACUGCAAGAUCUAUUCUCAUCCUUAUCAGUCUUAUCCGUUGAACUUGUACCAAUACAUCAAAGAUUAGUACAUCUCCGAAAACAACUUUCUGCUUUGGCUGCCGAACCCAAACCUAAUAAAGCAGAGUAUAAAGCGAUAUUAGAGGAAUUGAGGAAGAUUGAUUCUAAACGAGUCGAUGGUAAAUUCCUCGGACCAGGUGGAUCCUUCGUACCCGAAGGUCAAGCGUUGUUAUCAGGUUUAUUAGAGUCGUGCUUUGAGAUUACCCAAGAUAUCAAAGCUAGAGAAGCUGAAGAGGACGUUACGCCGAGUUUGAAACCCAUUUAUGAGAGGUUGAGCGAGAUGAAAGCUCAAUUGGACCAACUAUUAUUGACGCAUCGAUGGACGUUGCGAGAGACUGAUUUAUACAACUACGCCCUGUCUUUGCGAGAGAUCGAUGCUAUGAGGGUAGAGGGUAAAUUUGUGGAUGCAGAUGGUAACAAGGCGGAAGGUCAAUAUGCCCUCCUAUUCCUCCUUCGACGAUGUUAUGGAUUACUAUACAGGUUGAUGUCAGAGUCUGAGCCCAUAUCAGAGGAGCUGAUGCCAGUAGCGAACAAACUGUCCACCAUCAAGAAAUGUCUUAACGAAGUACUCAAAUACGGUGGACCCUACACACCUAGAGAUCUGUACCCGUAUCAUCUGGCAUUACAUCAGAUCGACUCUUUGAGGAAAGAUGGGAAAUUCUAUGCUGAUGAUGGUAGUAUACCUGAGGGACAGGCUAUUUUAGUUGCUCAAUUGAGUGAAGCUCACGAGUUGUUGGAGAUGUUAAAAGAAAGUAUGAGUGAUGAGGAGGAUGAAGAUGAUGCUGAGGAGAUAUAA